UUAGUCGAGAAGCAAUCGAAAAACUGUGCACUACCGUAAACCGGGCAUCUAAAGUGGAAUAAUGGAAUUUUUAAGCACGGAAUGUGCUGCGCGGUCCGCAGGACCUGCAAAUACCUUAAUGACUUUGCUGCUACAGACUUUGAUAACAAAAUUUUGUGGAUUAAGUGACCACGAUCGUUGGCCAGAGGAUUAUGGCGCCCGCAUUGAAACAGAUGGUUUUGAUAACUACGAUUUCAUUGUUGUGGGUUCGGGUUCAGCAGGCGCAGUUGUUGCAGGUAGACUCAGCGAAAAUCCUAACUGGAAGGUGUUAUUGUUGGAGGCAGGCGGCGAUCCGCCAAUUGAGACAGAGUUUGUUGGCUGGCACAUCACUACACAGUUCACUAACUGGGAUUGGCAAUAUCACGCCGAACCGAAUGGCAAGUCAUGCAUGGCGAUGGAGGGUGGCAAGUGUCACUGGCCGCGUGGCAAGAUGCUCGGCGGCACCAAUGGCAUGAACGCAAUGAUCUAUGCACGAGGCACUCGUUUCGACUUCGAUGAUUGGCGCAAUCGUGGCAAUCCGACUUGGGGUUAUGAUGAUGUAUUGAAAUACUUCCGUAAAGCAGAAGAUUUGCGUUCGACCAGCAAGGACUUUAAAGAUGGCGAUUUUGGCAAAGGCGGUCCCAUGGGUUUGAAUCGCUAUGUCUCGGACAAUGAGUUCCGUACAACGAUACGUGAAGGCAUGGCUGAGAUGGGCUAUGGUAGUUCGCCGGCCUUUACAGAAGGCUCAUGGGUGGGACAGAUCGAUAUUUUGGGCACACAAGAUGGCGGCCGUCGUAUAACUACAGCGCAUUCGCAUUUACCUAAGAAGCGAAAGAAUCUGCAUGUCAUACGUCAUGCGCACGUGAAACGUGUGAACUUCGACGAGCAGAAACGUGCAACGGGUGUCACCUUUGUAUUGAAUGGCAAGAAGGAGUAUGAGGUGCGUGCGAAGAAGGAAGUUGUGCUGUGCGCUGGCGCUAUUGGCACACCACAAAUACUGAUGCUUUCGGGUGUCGGCCCCAAAGACCAUUUAACACAAUUGAGCAUACCGGUCGUGUUGGAUCUACCGGUGGGUCAAAAUCUCAAGGAUCAUGCCAGUUUGCCGGUUGUAUUUCAAAUUGACAAAUCUACCGCACGCAAGCCCACCGAUGAGGAGCUCGUCGACGCCAUGUACAAUUUGCUGAUGGGUCGCUACAGCAAAUUGUUGCAUCAUGAGGCUACAGCACUCACUGGCUUCAUUAAUACCACUUCACUUCAUGGCCCAUACCCGGAUAUUCAAACCACAAACUUCUACAGUUUAAUGCAAAGCCCCGAACUGAAGGGCUAUGUGGCAGCCACUGGCUUCACUGAGCGCGUUGCCAAGUCCAUACUUGCGGCUAACGAGCACACCAAUACAUACAUCACGUACCUGCUGCAUCUAAAACCCUUCUCAGUGGGUCACUUGGAACUGAGUAGCGCCAACUAUUUGGACAAACCAAAAAUCUAUCCAAACUAUAUGUCCGACGAGCGUGACGUGCAUACAUAUAUACGCGCUUUGAACAUUUACUCUCAACUUCCAGAGACGAAAGCGUUCGCAAAACGUGAAGCUGUGCUACAUAAAAUCGAUCUGGAGGCUUGCAAUAGUUUUCCCUAUAAAUCAGAUGAUUAUUGGCGGUGCUACGUAAGUCAUAUGACUACAACGGUCUACCACCCGGUGGGUACCGCGAAAAUGGGUCCCGAGGGCGAUGCUACAGCUGUGGUUGACUGGCGUCUGCGGCUACAUGGCGCGAAAAAUUUGCGGGUCAUUGAUGGUAGCAUCAUGCCCGACAUUGUGGGCGCGAAUACGAAUGCAGCCAUUAUUAUGAUUGGCGAAAAGGGUGCCGAUAUGAUUAAAGAAGACUGGACAGAGCUGCACUCGGAGUUGUAGAGGGGAAUUAUGCAUGAAGAAAAUUUAAUUUUUUUCGCGUCAAGAUGAUUUUGUAUACAUAUACAUAUAUCUAGUGAUUUGUUUUGAUUAAAGUGCUUAUUUUUUUACAAUA